AAAUUCUAAUUCAAAAUUCAAUCCCCCAAACAAAAUGUAAUUUACAAUUCUAAUUUUAAAAUUAAAAUAAUAAAAAUAUAUAAAAAAGCUAAAUAAUAAACCAAGUUAAUUUACAACCCUAAUUUCAAAAUUCAAUCUCAAUUCCCCUUCCCCACCCGCCAAGUCCAACCCCGACCUUCACCGCAGCCGCGCGCAACCUCCGACGACCACCGCACCGACGCCGUCUCGACGCAACGCCACUGCCCAUCGCCGGCCUCCCUCCUUCACACUAAAAUCGCAGAAGAAAAUUAAAGAAGAAAGGGAGGACAGAGGCGAGUAGAGUAGAAGAUAGAAGUAGAAAUUCAGUUGCUAAUCUGAAGUGAAAGCUUGAAACAAUUUUAUGAUUCUGGUGCGCUUCUUCUUCCUUUCGUGACAUCGCUGCGUUCAGUCACCCUUUCCUUCCCCCAUUUCUUCUUCUUCGUCGUCACUCACGAUUCACCAUCACCGACCGCCGUCCGUCCAGCCACCGAGAAGCCUCGACUUUUUUAGAAACUGAAAAAGUAAAGCUUGAAGUAACAGGCUGCCAUCGUCGACGUAUAAGAGCAGCGAUGAAAAUGAAGGGUGAUCAUGUUUCAGCUCACAUACUCAACAAAACCUCCAAAUUCACAAAUUGCAGAGCCCUUCCAAAGCCCCUAUCCACCAUCUCCCCAUUGCCAUCGGCGAUAGAUCCGGCCACAGUCACUAAUCUAAUCCUCAAAUCCGACAACCCGGAAUCACUAACAGAAACAUUCCAUAGUAUCGGCGAAUGGCCCUCUGUUUUAGUCCAAACAAUCCUCAAACGCCUUUGGAACAAUGGCUUCAAGGCCCUCCAAUUCUUCAACAUCCUCGAAAACCAUCCUUCCUAUUCCCAUUCAGCUGCUGAAUUCGACUAUGCUAUUGAUAUUGCGGCGCGGCUGAGGGAUUACAAAGCUAUGUGGAUGCUUGUUGGAAGGAUGAGAUCCAGGAAGUUGGGUCCCAACCCGAAAACUUUUUCUAUUAUAAUUGAACGAUUUGUAUCUGCUGGGAAAGCUGAUAAGGCGCUGAAGAUAUUUCUGUCUAUGCACGAACAUGGCUGCCAACAAGAUUUGAGUUCGUUUAAUGCUUUUCUUGAUGUGCUGUGCAAGUCGAAUCGUGCAGAGAUGGCGUAUCGGUUGUUUAAAAUCUUUAGGGGGAGAUUUAGGGCUGAUGUGAUUAGUUACAACAUUCUUGCGAAUGGUUUUUGUUUGAAAAAGCAAACUCCGCGAGCGUUGGAAGUUAUGAAGGAAAUGGUUGAGAGGGGUUUGGAGCCUACAUUGACGACGUACAACAUAUUGCUGAAAGGGUAUUUUAGAGCCGGACAAAUUAAGGAAGGGUGGUUAUUUUUCUUACAGAUGAAGAGUAGACACGUCGAGGCUGAUGUUGUUAGCUACACAACAGUGGUUCACGGGCUCGGCGUUGUGGGUGAGGUUGAGAGGGCAAGAAAGGUUUUUUAUGAGAUGGUGGGUGUCGGGGUGUUGCCCUCGGUUUCUACAUACAAUGCUUUGAUACAAGUGUUGUGUAAAAAAGAUACAGUGGAAAAUGCUAUUGUAGUUUUUGAAGAGAUGCUGAGGAAGGGUUAUGUGCCGAAUGCAACCACCUACAACUUAAUAAUUAGAGGUUUGUGUCAUGCCGGGAAAAUGGCUUUGGCUAUCGAAUAUAUGGACAAAAUGAAAGAUGAUUGUGAGCCAACCAUUCAGACCUUUAACCUCGUCAUUCGGUACUAUUGCGACGAUGGAGAAAUUGAGAAAGCGUUGGAGCUGUUUGAAAAGAUGAAAGCUGGGGAUACGUGUUUGCCUACUUUAGAUACAUACAAUGUUUUAAUUAGUGCAAUGUUUGUGAGGAAGAAGCCGGAGGAUUUGUUGAUUGCCGGGAAGCUGUUGAUAGAAAUGAUUGAGUGCGGAUUUUUGCCUCGAAGAUUUACUUUUAAUCGUGUUCUGAAUGGGCUUAUGUUGACUGGGAAUCAAAAAUAUGCUCAAGAAAUAUUGAGUAGGCAGGCCAAAUCUAGUCGGCUUCCUCGUCAUUUUAGAUUGUGAGUUUGCCAACCUUCCCGUCAGUAGUUGAUGAAGGAGAUUUUGCAGUGAAAGUUGUUUAAACUUGAAGACCAUGGAAGAAAUGUCGAAUUUGAGAAAGCAGCUUCUUCUUUAGCAGGAGUUUUACCUUAUUAUGAUGCUAUGGCCUAUCAUGUCUGGAUGAAGAAGAUUCUUCAUGUGGUAAGUUGAGAAUGUCGUGGAAAGAAAAUCCAACAGAACUAUGGAUGAAAGAUUCGAAGAUAGGUUUUUAUGGAAAAUGGAUGCCAAAGAAAAUUAAUAUGACGAAGAAGAUUGAGCACUGGCCCAGUAUUUACUCUGGCAUGGCUAGACUCCAAAAGCUCGCUCUCUGGAAAAUCCCUUUACUGUGAUUUUUUUCUGAGAACGUCUGCUCCAGGUGUCGUAUGAAAAAUCAGUUUUUUUAAGGAAUCAGAUCUGUUGUUUAAGGCCGGCAAAGGAAUCAGGUCGGGUUCAGGUAAGCUAUAAACGGAUUAAAAAUUCUUUGAUCUGACUCUAACCAAUUUAAUUAAACAGGUUGAUAUUGCAAUAUUUGUAAUCUUAAUAUAAUUUUUUAUUAAUCUGAUCAAAUUGAAUGUGACAUGUAUAAUCUGUUUAAGUCUAAAAUUUUUAAGUUUUGAUUAUAAUUUUUAUUAGCAAAAUUUUCAAAUGCAUAAUAUAUUUACAUAUUUAAGCGAAAAAAACUAUUUAUUCGUAUCAUUAAAACAAAUAUUCAAGAGCCAGAU